AUGUCUAGAUCUCCGUCGCAGCGCCUUCACAACGAGAACCAGUGGCGACCGAACCGCAAUCCCAAUUCCAAUUCCAAUCCCAGCGCCAGCCCUCUGGGCGGAUAUGGAUUGUCACAGUCCGCGGGGGCAUCGAAUAAACUCGGCAACUUCUUCGACCGCGACCGCGCGCUGCCGAUGUACAAGGACAAGCCGUACUUUGCGCCGCGGCGCACGGCGGUGAGAAGCCGGCAGAAGAGGAUCACGUAUGCCGGGCUGUGUGUGUUUGUGCUGGUGUGUCUGUGGUAUUACCGGUCCGGGUCCGGGUCCGGUGAACAGCGCACGCGCGCGGCGGAUGUGCCUGAGACGCAUAAGGGCGAGGAGCUCUGGAAGUGGGUGCAGAGCUUGGGGGAGCCGGCGGCGGAACCUGAAGGCGGGCAGGGUCAGAAUGUCGACUGGAGUGCGCGGAGGGAGAAAGUCCGGGAUGCGUUUAUUGUCAGUUGGGAUGGGUAUGAGAAACAUGGGUGGGGAUACGAUGAAUACCGACCCGUCACCAAAGAGGCGAAACAGAUGGUUUCUGGUGGUAUGGGGUGGAUUAUCGUGGAUGCGCUUGACACGUUGAUGAUCAUGAAUCUUACGUCGCAGGUGCGGCAUGCUCGCAACUGGAUUCACAACUCGCUACGAUACGACCAGGACCACGAUGUCAACACGUUCGAAACAACGAUCCGGAUGUUGGGCGGGCUAUUGUCGGCACAUUAUCUGUCUACUGCUCACCCGGAGCUCGCCCCGGUUGCCAAUGAUGAUGCGGGCGAGGAUCUGUACAUUGAAAAGGCAACCGACCUGGCCGAACGACUGAUGGGCGCGUUCGAAUCCAAAACGGGGGUGCCGUAUGCGAGCAUCAACCUGAAUGCGUCGGCGGGUAUCCCGGCGCAUUCGGACGACGGGGCCUCAUCCACAGCAGAGGCGACUACCCUGCAGCUCGAGUUCAAGUAUCUGGCCAAGCUGACGGGCGAGGCGGAAUACUGGCGGGUGGUGGAGAAGGUGAUGCAAGUGGUGGAUGAUCAGAAGAUGGAGGAUGGUUUGCUCCCGAUCUUCAUCUACCCGGAGACUGGUCAUUUCAGGGGUGACAAUAUCCGUCUGGGAAGCCGGGGCGAUUCAUACUAUGAGUAUUUGAUCAAGCAAUAUCUGCAGACGGCGAAACAAGAGCCCAUCUACAAAGAUAUGUGGGACGAAUCCCUGAUGGGCAUCCGCAAGCAUCUAAUUGCGUACACCAAGCAUGCGCGACUAAUGAUUCUUGGGGAAAAGCCCGAGGGACUCGAGGGGUACCUGUCGCCCAAGAUGGACCACCUGGUUUGCUUCAUGCCCGGGACCAUUGCCCUGGGCGCCACUGGCGGUUUACCGCUGAGCGAAGCCAGGAAAUCCCCGGAGUGGAGUGUCCGGCAGGACGAAGAGAUCCUGCUCGCGCGGGAGCUGAUGAAGACAUGCUGGGCGACGUAUCUGGCGACGGCGACGGGCCUGGCGCCCGAAAUCACCUACUUCAAGAUGGACGAUCCGCCACUGAUGUUCCAGGACGUGUACCCUGACGCCACGACGACGACGACCACCACCACCGGCAGCAACCGCAAAUCCCACGGCGCGGGCGACGAUCUGCCGCUCAAAUCUGCACCCUUGUACCCGCUGAGCGACAAGACGCUCAGAUGGCGCGAGGACAUUGAGAUCCACACGCAGGACCGACACAACCUGCAGCGCCCGGAGACGGUGGAGUCUCUGUUCUACAUGUACCGCGUGACGGGCGACGAGAUGUACCGGGAGUGGGGGUGGGAGAUGUUCAAGUCGUUUGUGCAGUACACGGCGGUCGUCGAGCACGACGAGGCGGCUGCCACGGGCGACGAUGGCCUCGACGCACCGCAGACGACGCCGGUAGACACCAACGGCGCCGCCGCGGCCACCCCGCGCCCGUCGCGGAUCACGGGGUUCACGUCGCUGAGCGACGCGAACACGAUACCGCCGGUGACGCGGGAUAACAUGGAGAGUUUCUGGAUGGCGGAGACGCUCAAGUACUUCUACCUGCUGUUCUCGGAGCGCGAGUUCAUCGCGCUGGAGGACCAUGUGUUCAACACGGAGGCGCAUCCGUUCCCGCGAUUCCGGCCGACGGGGGAUCUGAAGACGGGGUGGACGCGACAGCCGCGAUGA